AUACAAUCUUUUGUUUAAAUGCUUCAAGGUUCUCUCAUUUUGUGGCUAGUUGCGGAAUAUACGGGCGUUGGGUCGGUUGUAUAUACUGUACAUAUUUGUGAGUUGUGAAGGCCAGUCAGUUGUAUGAACUGCAGUUUCAAUAAUUCUAUGCAUAUAAAACGGGAGACAAGUUUGCGCUUUUAAAAUUGAUCUAAUAAGUGCCUGAAUUGACUACCCUACUCGAAUUUGUUUGGAGCUACAAUGGAAUUAUCGUUGAUGGAUCUAUAUUUGAAAAUAUCAUCAAAAAUGAAAAUGACUUAACUGUAUCUCUAUAGUCAGUAGCGGAAUCUUUCGUAUAUAAUUCCAGCUAGCAAGUUUCGAAGCCCCAUUUGAGCUUUGGCUCUACAACCUGUGUACAUACUUGGGAUUGGUGAGGGUAUCAAGUUAACACAUGUCAGCUGAAGAGGUGGCUCGUGUUACUCCAGACCUGACAGGCUUGUUAUCUACUUCAAUACCACCCCCGGGAUUUUCAGUUGGCGGUUCCACAACUUCAUUGGGUGAUUUGACAAUAACCACUCCAGGUUCCAGUUCCAUUAACUGCAAAUCGCUAAGUAUUGGUUAUCAUCCUCAUUGGCCUGCUGCACUCCCUGAUCUCAAUCUGUCUGUUUUUCAAGAUGGCGCUCCUCAGCUCCCUGAUACACUCUGUCUAACUGAUGAUGAUGCACUUGAUAUAGCUGCCAACUGUGCUAACUCUACAGGUGUAUGCUUAGAUAUGCAAACAAAGGAGAACAUUGAUGAUUGUAGCUCUGAUUUACCCCAUCACUUUCAUAAUCUAUCCAUAAUCGGUUCUUCUCGGGCUAAUCAGAUCUGGGCUGUUGGUGCAGAGCGUCGAAUAAGUACAACACCUGGAAGUGAUACUGCUGGGGGAAGCAAUUGCAGUUCUGGGCUGCUUUCUUGUUUCGGAGACUCACAUUGUAGUGUUGGUUCAGGCAAUUUCAGUGCCAACGGAGUAAAUUACAAUAGCGCAGCUAGUGGAGAGGCUCAUUCGUUUGCGGGUAGUGGUGUCACUGGGGACAUAACUCCUCUACCCGGACAGCUUGGACACCUCACUGCUUCCAAUGGGACAGCCGUCCCUGGUAGGUUAGAGAACCAACACCCUCAAGAAAACGCUAACAUGGCACCAUUUGAUUUGUUAUCCAUCUGGGAACCUCGCCAAAACAAUUCGCAUCACGUUUGGUUACCUGAUCCUUCACAGGACCCAGUUACAGCAAAUACAACCGUAGGAAAUUGCGCCGCCAGCAGAAAUAAUUGUCAGGAAGAACAAGAUAAUCAUAACCAUUUAGGUUUAGGAAUUGAUAAUGGAGCCGAAAAUGAAGUGCUUCCAUGGAAUUGGGAUACAGCUUGUGGUCUAGCGAAUACAACUUCAUGGCGUGAUUUGUUUCCCGAAUGUAAGGACACUGAACCGACUAACUUACCGUAUAACAACUCAGAAACGGAUGGUAUAAACCAUUCAAAUGCACCAGAGUUUGGAGCUCAUGCACCUUCAGGUCUGUGGUCAUCAUCUAUACACAACGUCACAUCAUCUAUGUCAAUUUCAGCAUCUUCGCCUUUGAGCACGCAACCUGCCAUUCUUUUUGGGUCUGCAAUGGGCCUUGUUUCGGAAUCGAAUGACAUCGACACCUUACAACAUUCACAUCGAGUUCUUCAAGAUCAGUCUGAUGCAUUUAAUGACGUUACAAUGCCUAGAUCAAAUGCAUCAUUGUUUGCACAAUCUAAUUCUACUUUGAUCAAUUCUCGUUCAACUGCUUUUCGUGGCUCAUCAGUGUCCAAUUCUGAUUUGAAUUCCAUGUCCGAUACCAUUACGUCAAAUCUAUUCCCAUUACCUUCAAGUACAGCCAUGCCAAAUUCAUUGCUUGCUAUUCCUCCACUGUUUCUUUUCGGUCAGUCAGCUGAGUCUGAGUGUUCAGGACUUAUCACACCUUCAGCAAACAUCAGUACUUUACCAGCAUCAUCUACACCUCUUCAAAUUCCUGUUUCCUUUGUCGGUGGUCAAGGUUCUGCUUUCGGACCACCCUUUCAGCUAAGUGAGGCUCACAUUAUGAAUGAUAUUUAUACAAAAUAUCCAGGUAUUUUGCCGCCACCUGGCUUAUGUGCUGUUAGUUCACCUUCAUCGAGUAAUUGUACUACACCAACUUUAUCCUCAGUUGCGGCCGUAUCAGCCACAUCUUCAGUUUCUCAGUUACCACCAGGAAAUUUCGAAGGAAAUCCACUUUGUGAAUCCAGUGUUGUAAACAAUAAUUUUCCAUUUGGUUAUAAUAUGCCGCCCACAUCUCAACUAAAUAUGAUGGACCCGCAAUCAAUGGCUAUGGCUAUGACACUUUUUAUGUCACAAGGAGGUGCAGCUAAUAAUAAUAACAAUAAUAAUAGUCAAAUUCCUCCACCACUUUCACAAGCACCACAAUGGAAUCAUGUUGCAUUCAUGAUCAUGCAACAAUUAGCUAAUGGUAUGGCAAACAAUCCAGGCUGCGUUGUAUCAUCAGCUUCGAAUGCAGUUAUUGAUAAUAUUACACCAUCCGCAAAUGGUAAUAAUAUCGUAGAUCAAUCACGUCUUGCCGCUGGAGCUUUUGCUUUUUUCCAAGCUCAACAACAGUUAAUGAAUGCUGCACAACAACAACAACGACAUAGCACUGCUCUGAGUGGUGGUAGCGUUGUAUCAAAUAAUUCUUCAAAUUGUAUUGCUCCAUCUGUCACUUCGUCAACACCCCUAGUUGCUCCGUUCACAUCUAGUGUUGUCACAAAUUCAUCUAAUUAUUUUGGAGGCCUGUAUUCUUCCGGUUCGGUUGUUGCUGGAUUAAACCCAGGCAACUUUUCGAUACCUAAUGGAAUAAACCUAUUACCACCAGUUGGUCUUCUUCACCCGGAAGCAAGCGGUAGUCCCAACUCGGUGGCUGGAGAUGUAUCUAGUUACAGUCGUAUGCCUAUUUCGCAACCUCCUGGAGCUUUAGCUGUUAGCAUGCAUAUUUCUCCAACAUCACCAUCAGGACUUCAAAGACCUCCUUUAUCUGUUUCAACCGGAUUUUCAUCAGCCACACCAUAUCCAUUCAAUUUCGAUGCAUCGAUGCAUAAAAAUCGUGCUUUUGCUGCCGCCUUUGCUGCUGCAUCGGGUGUGGCUGUUACUGCUACCCCACCUCCUGGCAUGGGUCCCAACCCUAAUCUUCGACCUACUGGAGUGAACCAUCCGGCCCUCUUAGGAACUAGAGCUCCAGUUCCACCACCCCUUAUGCCUGUAGUUACUGGUCGUAGUCCUGGUCUAUUAUCUGCCGUACAUUCUCAAACUGUUCAACAAAGUCCAAAUUAUGCUGCUGCUCUUCAAUCACACCAAAAUAUCAACCAGCGACUUCCAGCCCCUUUACUUUCACCACUUCCUUUGACUUUAUCUGGUACUGCUUCUUCAAGGCCUAGUUCGGUUGUUGGUGUGAACAUUACUACGUCUACUCCACUCGUUGUUACCACUGUGUCUAGCCGAAGUCAACUUUUGGAGGAUUUUCGAAAUUCAAGUGCACGAUUCCAACACAUGCAUCUGUCAGAGUUACGUGAUCAUAUGGUCGAAUUCGCCCGUGAUCAACAUGGAUCUCGAUUUAUACAACAGAAAUUAGAGACCGCUACUACCACUGAAAAAAAUUCAGUCUUUAAUGAAAUAUUACCACAUUCUGGCAAACUAAUGACUGAUGUAUUUGGCAACUAUGUGAUACAAAAGUUUUUCGAAUUCGGAACAAAAGAGCAAAAAGAACUUCUCUCGCAACGUUUACAAGGUCACGUUGUUGAGUUUGCUACUCAAAUGUAUGGUUGUCGUGUUAUACAAAAAGCAUUAGAAUCUGUACCAGCCGAGGCAAAAAUACACAUAGUUGGUGAACUGAGACCAUUUGUAACACGGUGUGUAAAAGAUCAAAACGGGAAUCACGUUAUUCAAAAAUGCAUUGAAUGUGUUCCACCUUCAGAACUUGAUUUUAUUAUUUCAGCUUUUCGUGGCCAAGUGGUUUUACUUUCAUCACAUCCCUAUGGUUGUCGAGUUAUUCAGCGCAUUUUGGAACAUUGCCUACCGGAACAAACACGUCCUAUUCUUGAUGAACUACACAAAGGUGUGGAACAUUUGGUCAAAGAUCAGUAUGGCAAUUACGUCAUUCAACAUGUUUUAGAACAUGGUUCGAAUGAGGAUAAAUCACGUAUUAUUCAAAGUCUACGUGGUCGUGUAUGUGCUUUAAGUUCUCAUAAAUUUGCAUCGAAUGUUAUGGAGAAAGCAAUUGCCAACGCUGUACCAUCUGAAAGAGCUGUAUUAAUUGAAGAAAUUUUACAUCCAAUCUCUAAUGUGAAUAUUAAUGGAGACGCUUCGUCAGUAACAACUAAUAACAUCUCUUCAUCAUUAGUUGAUAUGAUGAAAGACCAAUAUGCAAAUUAUGUAGUUCAACGUAUGCUAGAAUUAGCUGAUACUGAACAACGUCGUGUAUUAAUUAAUCGGAUCCGUCCUAUGCAAAAUGUUCUACGCAAAUUUAAUUAUGGCAAGCAUAUUAUAGCUAAAUUAGAAAAAUAUAACAAUGUAGCCGGGAAUAACAACAGUACUGGGAAAAGCUCAUCUGCAAAUAAUAAUAAUAACAAUAAUAAUAAUAAUAAUUCAAAUAAUAAUAGCAAUAAUAAUUUGUCAGUUUCAAAUAAUUCCUCCACCAAUCAUAUUUCUAAAACUUCCAAUAAUAGUAGUAAUAAUAACGGCAGUGGUAACAACAAUGGCAGUUGUAAUAACACCAACAAUAGUAAUAAUGGUGGGACCCCAGCGGUGAACAAAUCAGCUGGUCCGAACUCUGAAGGCAAUGGUAUGACUACAUCACAACAAAACGAUUCUUCUACUACCACCACAACAACUACAACUACACACAAAUCAUCAAAUGACAAGUCUAAUCAUCGCACGUAGAGUUUAUUACUAUUGCAACUAUAAUAAUCUGUGUUGCUUUAUGCUACUACUACAAUGUAACGACGAACAGGGAUAAGCGAAUUGGAGCACCGUUUAUUAUUAAUUUCUUAUUUGCCCAUAUUCCAAAUACAUUUCUUAGUUUAGUUUUGGCUCUUCAUAUAUAUAUACCGUUUGUGGACCGUUAUAAUUCUCUCAUUUUUUGAAUUUUUUUCUUCAACAACUAGUCGUUCGACUCUGUCGUUACAUAAUGUACACUAGCUUUCUUUCUCUUGUCCUUAUUGUAAAAUACAACACCACACCAACAAUACAUCUCGCUUCUUGUCAUUCAUUACGUGUUUGCAAUCGCUUUGAACUACUACUUGCACAUCUCUACUUCUUCACUAUCAUCAUCAGCACGUCACAUCUUUUUGACAUACGUUUUCUCAUACGGAUCGCUUCAUAGACAAUUGUAACUUGGAAAUUCCCCCAUUCCUCGUUUAUUUAUUUGUUUGUAAAUGUCUCUUGGCUGAAUACAUUGAAAUUAAUUUGUGUAUGUAAGUUUCAUUGUGAUAUGAACAAAGCAUUAUCUCUUAGCUUUAGUUUAAGCUUUUGGUUCAGUGCUUAUUCAUGUAGUGAAAACCACUCUUUGUAUCUAUCUAUAUAUAUAAAUGUAAAUUUUGUUAUUUAACUAGUCCCCUCUGUUUGUCUGCCUGUUUCUUCUAUCUCAAUUUGUUACCGUUGGUAUAUAUAUAUAUAUAUAUAUAUAUAUAUAUAUAUAUAUGGUUUGUCUAACUUGAUACACAUGUACAGUGUUCAACCUUCGGAAGUGAGAUUUCGCUGGAUACUAUAUAUCCCAGUUGUAAUUAUAUUUAUAUACAAAGAAAUGUGUGUAUAAUGUAUAUUGAUAGUUUCUUUCGUGGUUUUUCUUGGAUCCUUAUGUGUAUACGAAUUCUGGCAAAAUUAUUUUACACCAACCCAUGUUUUCAUCGUCUUCUUUCUUUAUUCAACACUACUUUCAAGUAUCAUCACCUUCGAAUAUUUAUAUUAAUUUUCAGAUUGUACACUUUUCAUUCGUCGAAUAUAUAUAUUCUAUUUACAAUUUAGUCCCAUUAAUUUCACAUUUACCAAAAUUUAUGGUGUUUUGGUCGCUGUCUUGUAGAAAAUUGAAUUCUUUUUACAAGCUUGCGCUGCAUAUAUGGUCAUUCUUUCUUUAAAUCUUCAUAGUCUAACUGAUCAUAUAUACGUAUAUCUAUAUAUAAAUAAAAUUAAUUUUCACAUGUUGUGCAUACUAUUAUGACGUGUAUAUUGUGCUUGGAUCUUGUCUUGUUCGUGUCAUCAAUUUCAUAUUUAAAAUUACAUUGUCAAAUGCACUUACUGCUUACUGUCUCAUUAAAUUUUAACACAUGUUCUUCACCUCUUGUUUGUCCUUUCAGUACUAAAAUUCAUUGACUUGUUAUUCCUCACCUAUGGGUUAUAUAUGUAUGUAAAGUUCUUUUUGAAUCCUUCCUCAUGUCUAUAAGAAAGAGAUGGGUUUGUACAAGUUUUGAUCUUUUGUUGUAUUUGUAUUACACUUGUGUGUGAAUUUGUGUAUAUUUACUCAUGCUUUUAUCAUUAGUUAACAGCCUCUUCUUCUAACACUACUUUGAAAAAUUAAUUGCUCUAGGUUAAUUUUCCCCAUCUAGUAGAUAGCUUGUUUACAAAUUUCAAAAUUGUAACUGCCGUACUUAAUAGCCUCCUCUCUCCUUCAAAUACACACAAACAAAUCUCUGUUAUAUAUAUAUAUAUAUAUAUAUAUAUAUAUAUAUAUAUAUAUAUAUAUAUAUAUAUAUUCAAUUUUGCAUCUGUAAUCGUAACUUUUGUUGGAACUUGAUUUUUCAUUAGUGAUGUCACCAUGCUUGAAACAUCUUAAUAUUCUUGAAAACUUAAUUAUUAGUCCCAUGUCUAAUUGUUUGUCUUAAUGCAUUGUCAUGGGAUUUGUAAAUUAUCUCGUGUACUCACAUAUAAUACAACUGAAUAUUAUCAU